UUCAGUAUACCAGAAGUUGACAAGCAUUCGUGAGCUACACAUCGGUUACAGUCUUAUCUACUAGAAUUUCUACAACCGAAGAAAAAAAACGAAUAUUUAUUUAAAGUUGGUGGCCAUUUCUUACGAUUCAAGUUGCACACUUGACAAGGCACAUCAUCAUCUCCUGUGCCGACAUAGGUAGAACCAUCAACCUCAUCAACGUUGGUAUUUAUUUUUUCGAGACCAGAAAAUGCAACACAAGCAGCAGCCAUUUGCCUUUGCGGCCAUGGCAGCCAUCCUCGUCCUUGGCAUUGCCUCCAUCGCCGAGACGGCGCGUCCCCGACAAGUCUACCUUGACCAAAUCAUGAUGGAGAGCCAAGGGCCUUCGGAAGUCAUCGUUCCAGCACCGGCACUCAAUCAAGAAAUGCAAGCACUUCGCGAUAGAUUUAUGAAGGCCCGCUCACGUUUCGGACAGCGUCAAACAACUGCUCCCGAAGUCGCUGAAACGACGGAAACUGACGCACCGGAACAAGAGGAGACGGUUGAGAGAGUCACCGUCGAAAACAUUAGCGAUUCUUCUUCAACCACAACCACUUUAUCUUUGGAUAAUGAAGAGAUUCCCAAAACAGAAGAAAUCGAAACAGCUAAAGAACCUGUUGAAACUGCUGAAACUUCCCCAGCUCCAGUUGAAGAGGAGCCAUCGGCCGCUGUCGCUGAAGCUCAGACAGAUGUCAAACCUGAAGGUGAUCAACAGGUCGAAGAAGUUGUAGAAAGCCGAGCUGAUUCUGAUAAACUGGAAGCUGAACCAGAAGAGGAAGAGGCUGAAGAAGAAGAAGAAGAGGAAGGUGAGGAGGACACUGAACGAUCUGACGAUACCACUGAAGGCGAAGAAGUCGAAGAAGAAGGCGAGGAAACCGAAGCUGAAGAACGUAUGGACGUCGCUGAAGGUGAGGCUGAAAAAGAUGUGACAUCCCGCAUUGAUGGAGAAGACACCACCGAAGUUGGAUCUGCUGCUGAUGGCUCUAUGGAAAGUGAAGCUCGUGCCUUCCAGCGCCGCCUGCUCGAUCUGAUGGUUAGCGAAGCCAAAGAAGUCCUCAUGGCUGCCAUGCCCGAUCGUUCUGCCAUCGAAACGUUCCGCUUCAUGCCUCUCUUCAAACCCAAGUACAAGAGCAGCAAGCAGAGCUACGAUCGUCCUGCAAAAGUGAAGAAAGUUAAACCUUACAAGAAAGCCAAGAAAACCAAGAAGCAAAGGAAGCCCAAGAAGCCCAAGGGUUACAAGAAGAAGAAGCCCACUUACUCCGCACCUACCUACACCGCUCCAUCGUCUCCAGCUUACAAUGCCCCGGCUUACAGCGCUCCAGCUGCAGCUUACAAUGCUCCUGCCUACAAUGCCCCAGCUGCCCCAGCUGCCCCAGCAUACAAUCCUCCGGCUUACAACCCACCUGCCCCGUCUUACAGUGCCCCAUCUUACAAACCACCGGCUCACAAACCCAAGCCAGCAUACAACGCUCCUACCCAAACUUACGCAGCUCCAUCGUACGAAGCACCAAAGGCCCCUGCUUAUGAAGCACCUAAACCUGCCUACGAAGCUCCUAAACCCGCCUACGAGUCUCCUAAGCCUUCGUAUGACGCUCCUAAACCCACUUAUGGUGCCCCGAAACCUGCACACAAGCCACCAAAGUCGACCUACAAGGCUCCCAAGGCUAAACCAGUUCACCACCCUAAACCAACAUACGGAGCCCCUACGCCAACUUACUCUGCUCCUUCAUACUCCCCGCCAUCGACGCCAUCUUAUUCUCCCCCAUCGACGCCAUCUUACUCUCCACCUUCCCCACCAGCUUACUCUCCACCUUCCCCACCAGCUUACUCUCCACCUUCCCCACCAGCUUACUCUCCACCUUCUCCACCAGCUUACUCCCCACCUUCCCCACCGGCUUACUCUCCACCCUCUGAGCCAUCUUACUCACCGCCAUCUGAACCAUCUUACUCACCCCCAUCCUAUCAGCCACCUUCGUACUCAUCACCAUCUUAUUCGCCACCAUCCGGACCAGCUUAUUCCCCGCCUUCUUAUUCUCCACCAUCGUACUCGCCGCCAUCUGAGUCUUCGUAUCCAUCCUUGCCAUCGUUCGAGCCCCCAAGUUUCGAUUCAUCUUCGUUCCCUUCGCCACCAUUCUCGCCGCCAUCUUACUCUUCACCAUCUGAGCCAUCGUACAGCGCGCCAUCUUACUCUUCACCAUCUGAGCCAUCGUACAGCGCGCCAUCUCCACCAUCUUAUUCGCCACCUUCCGAGCCAUCCUAUACCACACCAUCUGAGCCAUUCUACAAUCAACCUACCGAGCCAUCUUACCCAACGCCAUCACCACCUUCAUACGAAGCGCCAUCCUACUCUGCACCGACUGAACCACAACAAUACAUCCCUCCUGCAGGAGCUCCAUCCUACGAACCACAAUACCCCAUUCGCCCCGAGGUUGGUGGUUACAACAAUUUCGGUUCCGGAUUUCCAGGAGCGCCAGUCCCAUCUGAUCCAUUCGCGUUGAGCUUCGAACCCGAUCAGUACUCGUUCGAUCCAUCUAGCCAAAUUGUUAGCCGACCAGCUGAGCAGGAAUGGAUCCCACCCCCGAAUUUCGGCGAUGAAGAUGAUGAAUUCAACAACCCAGGAGAGCAGACAGCGCAUAGCAUUCAAGAAUCAGUUCCUACGCAAAACACGUUCCAGAAACCCAAUUACCCAGCUCCGUACAAGCCACCAACUAACUAUGUCCGCCCACCUCCCAGCUCGCCUCGCCCACCUGUCCAAGUUGCCUACCGACCUCGGCCUACUACCCCGGCACCUUACCAGCGACCAACAGCCCCAACGAGCGCACCGUAUCAACGCCCAACAACACCCACUAUCCCACCAUACCAGCGCCCGGCUUCAUUGAAUGUUCCAUCUUAUCAACGACCAGCACCUCCACCACAGACAACCGAAGCUGCUCCUCCUGCCACGACGCCUUCUUACAUUGCCCCGCCAACUACACCUCAACCGAUCGAUCGUCCGUCUACUUAUCCGUCCUACCCGACUUUCCCUCCCUUCCACAACUACAACCCCAACAACGAAGGACUACCUUUGAAGUUCCAGACUUUCGGAAAGGCCCCACAAGCUAUUCAGCCCCAACAAGCGGAAGAUGACGCAGAUGAAGACGACGAUGAUCAGGAUGAUGCAGGAGCUUUCAAACCCGAACAACCUCAGUUCUCCCAAGAACCUGAUUUCACGCAACAACAACCGGAAUUCCCUUUGCAACAGCAAGAGUUCCCCCAACAACCCCAGCAAGAGUUCCCCCUACAACAAGAAGUGUUCCCUCAACAACCGGAAUUCCCCCUUCAACAGGAAGUGUUCCCUCAACAACCGGAAUUCCCCCUUCAACAGGAAGUGUUCCCUCAACAACAACCGGAAUUCCCCCUUCAACAGCAAGAAUUUCCCCAACAACAACAGGAAUUUCCUCUGCAACAACAAGAAUUUCCCCAACAGCAACAAGAGUUUGCCCAGCAGCCGCAACAAGAAUUCCCUGAACAGCAACCCGACUUCACUCAACAGCAGCCCGAACAACCGUUCCAACACGACGAGCACGAAGAGGUGCCUCAACAAACGCAAAACGUACCUGAAGAGACGCCCAGCAGUUUCCAGGGUUUCCAGGAAAACAGCGAACCAUCUAGAUUCCCUGAGUUCCAAUCCGACGAUGUGGAUGCGGCUCCAUUCCCAGUCGCUCCCCUACAAGAGGAUGCUGAUGAUUCUCCAGUAGAUGUCGACCCAGCUCAGACCACCGAUUUCCCAGCGUUCAACGCCGAAGAGCCAACAGCCGAUGCGGAAGCUCCCCAGGAAGGACGAUUCGCAGAGGACAUAGGAUUCAAGAGGCCCAGCAGCUCUCGUCGCAGACCUGUUAACAACCAAAGAAUUAGACCAGAGCAGAGAGAUAGACCAGGCCAGAAAGACAACACUAAAAUCAGUGACGAUCCAUUCUUCAGCCGUGUCAACAGCGAAGACAGUUACGGACCUUUCGAGUUCAAGAAAAUCUUCGGUGCGGACGUUGCCUGGCCGAAAGAAGACGAGCCUUCCGGGUUCUCUAGCGAUUUCGGAGGCAGACCCAACCGACCCCAUAACAGGCAGCAAUCCAGAUCCAGAACGGGCGCUGCGGCCAGCAAUGCUGAGACGAGCGUGAUUAGACCUUAUUCAGAUAGGACUGCUUUGCCCAGCAGCGGCCAAUCAAACCUGAACAGGAGAUUGCAGUCUCGCCGCAACAACUAUGGAGAACGACGAAACUCAGCCUCGCUCGACGCAGCACAGGAGGAUGUGAAAAAGCCAGAGGCCAAGUCAACGGAUUCGGCGGUUGAAGACCCCAAUCUAGCUAACCAUGCUUCUUCGGUCGAUGCCCCAUCACAACGCCGCCCAUCAUUUCGAAGGACUAGUCCCGCCAACAAACCCAAGCCAGUUGAAUCAUCCGAAUCUUCCGCAUCCAAGUCCAAUGAUGAAAAGGGCAGCAACAAGAGUACGGCCGCCAGUUCGUUGAGCGAAAGACGUGCAGCAGCGCGAGAACGCAUGCUCGGCAACAGGAGAAUCCAGGCAAAACGUAUCGCAUCUACUGAGUGAAGUGGAAAACCGCACACAAAACCCGAGCUCACACUGGAAUGAUCGUUUUUGACUUAUUGGUUAUUGUUAUAAUUUGCUUUAUUUUGUUCUUGCUGCUUUAAUUCUCUUUUUACCUUGUUGACUCGAAUUAGUAAUUAUGAUUAUUACCAUCUAUCUCACCUUCCCCCCCCAAAACCACAACCAUUAUUAACUAGUUAACGUAAAUUAUAAUGAAUGAGUGUUACGCGGCUCUUUGCGAGGCACAGAGGGGCUGGUCCCUGAUUCUGACAUUACUUGCCGGCUUCAAUAAACAUGGAUGAAGAAAUGUA